AUGUCGACGCACACAAUUGAUGUGGAUGAAGUGAAUGAGUAUGAUGACAAUGUUGAUGACCGUAAUGAACGUUUAUUGGAAAUGGACCUAACAAUGCAUAUGUGUUUUGAAUCAAUGAUUGAAGCUAAAAAAUUUUACACAAACUAUGCCAUUAGAUGUGGGUUUGCGGUGCGGACUAGAACUUCUAAAAAAGAUAAAGACAACAACGUCUACUACUUGAGAAUAGUUUGUUCAAGGGAGGGCAAAUAUGUGUCUUCGGUCAAACCAGUGGUCAAAACACUUCCAAGUCAAAUUAACCAAUGUCCUGCUGGGAUAACCAUUGCAAAGAAGGACGACAAGUGGUUUAUAAGAACCGUUGUUCUGGACCACAACCAUGAUCUUUGCCCGAAUAACUCCAACCUAUUUGCAGCGAAUAGGAAGUUAAGCAUGCAAGCAAAACACACCUUGGAGGUCAACCAUGAUGCUGGAGUUAGGUUAAAUAAGAGUUUUCUUAGCAUUGUCAACGAUGCCGGUGGCUAUGAAAACAUGGACUUUGUCGAGCGGGACGCAAGAAACUACAUUGGCCAACACAGAAGAUCUUUAUGUAAGGAUGGUGAUGGUCAGGCACUCCUACGACACUUUUCUUCAAUGAAAGAUACAAAUAACGAGUUCUUCUAUGACAUUGCACUGGAUGAAGGGAAUAAAAUUUGUAGUGUGUUUUGGGCUGAUGCAAGAAGUCGUGCUGCAUGUGAAGAAUUUGGUGAUGUUGUUUCCUUUGACACGACUUACUUAACAAAUAAGUACGACAUGCCAUUUGCGCCUUUUGUUGGAGUUAACCAUCAUGGACACUCCAUUUUACUUGGUUGUGGAUUGUUGUCUUCGGAAGACACUGUUUCAUUUGUAUGGUUGUUCCAAUGUUGGCUAAGAUGCAUGCGUAAUAAGAGUCCUCAAGGUAUUAUUACUGACCAAUGCAGGGCAAUGGCCAACGCUAUUGAACAAAUGUUUCCUGAUACGAGGCACAGGUGGUGUUUAUGA